UCGUCUUCCACAUCCUUCUCUCCGACGACGCUGCCUAGCUGCUCCUGCUGCUCUGUAGCUGGCAGGCUAGGGUUUACGCUGACCGGAGGCGGAGCUAGCUAGCUAGUACCGGCGCCGGUGGUAGCUGGAGAGAGCAACCGAUCGAGCUCGGUAGCAGCAGCGCGCGGCGGCGGGAUCUGCUUGCUCACCGGCGGGGAGGGGAAGCCUCGCGGCUGGUUUGAAGAGAUUGGAGGAGGCCAUAUAUAUGUAUGGCUGAGUUCUUCUGCUAGGUAGGUGGAUCGGAGCCAGGGCCUGCAGGAGGGUGGGGAGGAUGAGCUCGAGCUGGCGUUAAUAAGAUGAUGCUAGGCAGCAACCAGCAGUCGGCGGCGGCAGCUGCAGCAGCGGCAGCGGCGGAGGAGGAGGCGGAGCUAGCACGGAAGCACACGGCCGCGGUGGCGACGUCGCGGCAAUGGUCGGCGCAGACGGAGUCGCGGAUCGUCCGCGUCUCGCGGGUGUUCGGCGGCAAGGACCGGCACAGCAAGGUGAAGACCGUCAAGGGGCUGCGCGACCGGCGGGUGCGGCUGUCCGUGCCGACGGCGAUCCAGCUCUACGACCUGCAGGACCGGUUGGGGCUUAACCAGCCGAGCAAGGUGGUGGACUGGUUGCUCAACGCCGCGCGCCACGAGAUCGACAAGCUGCCGCCGCUGCAGUUCCCGCCGCAGGACCUCUGCAUGGGCCAUCACCACCACCUGCCGUCGCCGAUGCCGCUGAUGCACCACCACCACGACGAGAAGUACCACGUCGCGGCGGCGGCCGCGCUGGCCGCGGACAAGUCGGCCGGCGGAGGUGGGGACGACGUCGACGGCGGGAGCGGAGGAGUUGCCCACAUGGGGAGGUUCCCCGCCGGCGGCUACCACCGGUUCAUGGGGCUGAACAACCCGCUGGGGAUGGUCAACAGCGCCGGCGGCAUGCCGUUCCACUACACCGGUGAGUCAUGGAAUAAUGGCAGCGUGCAAGACAGCAGCGCCGGCUCGCCGCAGGUUGCCGCUGCCGCCGCGGCUGCAGCUGCUGCGGCUCACCACACCUCGCCGUUCCCUUCACUGCUUUCCUUGGCUCCAGGGUCGCAUCAUCAUCAGCUGGUGUUCUACUCCUCCGAGGCCGAGCAGUUCACAGUAGACAACCUUGGAUCACAGAGCUUGUCCCUGAGCUCGGCGAGAGCCUUCCAUGAUCAGACAGGAAGCUAGCUCGCUAGCUCUCUACGCACUGGAACACUCUUCGAUCGAUCGACAAGGUAAGGAUCGAUGAGCUCUCCCAAAGAACAAUCUAAGGUAGUGCAAGUGUGUGCAUUGCGUUCUAUGUACUAAUUUCUUUCAAGGGACAAUUAAGCUUGUGGGUUAAGAUUUAAGAAGGAAGAUACUGCCAGCUAGCUGGCUGCUGAUUUUUUUGCUCUGAAACUAGGGCAAGAAAUAUGCAGGGGUUUGCUGAGUGUAUGCAAAGAAUUUGUUACUUCUUUUUAUAUACAAAGAAGUAAUUGAUGUAUUGGCUUGUGUAAUAAUUAAUAAGUUCGAAAUUUUGAA